CAGAGGAGCGGGCCAGGGCCAAAGAGGGUUGGGAGUGUAAUUUGAAUUUAGAGUUGGCAAGGCUAGGGUUUCUAAGUUCCGUUCGACACGCCACCGAUUCUCCUCGUCGUCGUCGUUGCAGCCGCCGUCAGACCUCCCCCCUCUCAAAAUGGAGAAUUCUGGGAGUCAGACGACGGAGAAACAAAAGAAAUGCAUCCCAUAUAAUGAGGCAAGUGAUGAAGAAAAAAGAAGGCGGAGAGAAGCGUUUGCAAUGAUAAAAGCAGGGAUCCGUGAAAUAGUAAAUAGGGAUCCUGAUUCAUUCCCCUUCUGCCAAAGGCGAAAUGGUCGUCUCUCAACUCCCAACCGAUUAAAUGCCUCAAAUGCUGAUGCUUCUUCAUAUGCUGCUGAUGCCCCAAAUGCCCAGCAAUACAAUGCCUCAAAUGCUUGAUGCCAAUGCACCCAAUGGUAAUGUGCAUUUUCAUAUGAUUCGGAAGUACUUUUUCAAUUUGGUGCCAACCCGGCUGGGAUUGUGUGAGAGGGUUUCUAAACAAACCUUAUUCCUAUGAAUUUGUUAAUUACAAUGAAACAGCCCCUUUUUUUUUUGCCAAUUUCUCAUGAAGGGUUCUUCUUCUGAUUAUGAGUUAUGUGACACAAUUGUCAAUGCAUGUUAUUGUGAUGAUUU